AGAUUAAUUUUACUCCCAUUCACAGCUGUUCAAGUUUGUUAAGAUAGGAAUGAUAUUUUCAAGACAUAAAAUAUAUAUAUUUGAAUAAUUUAAAGAAUAUUCACAUUGUUUUUGUUAUCAUGUGGGCUGAUACUAUUUUAAUUGUAUUUAUUAGUAUUUGUACAGCAUUAUUAGGAGAAGGUUUAACGUGGUUAAUGGUUUAUAGAACAGAAAAAUAUCAAAAAUUAAAAGCUGAAAUAGAAAAACAAAGUAAAAAAUUGGAAAAAAGAAAAGAAGCACAUGGAGAUUCAUUAGAUAAACAACAGAAAAAAAAAAUUGAACGAGAAGAAGAAAGAUUAAAGAAUAAUAAUAGAGAUUUAUCUCUUGUGAAAAUGAAAUCAAUGUUUGCAAUUGGAUUUGCAUUCACAGCUCUUUUAAGUAUGUUUAAUAGCAUUUUUGAUGGUAGAAUUGUGGCAAGAUUGCCUUUUGUUCCAAUUAGUUGGAUACAAGGUUUAUCACAUAGAAAUCUUCCAGGAGAUGACUAUACAGAAUGUUCAUUUAUUUUUUUAUAUAUAUUGUGUACUAUGAGUAUUAGACAGAAUAUUCAAAAAAUGCUUGGAUUUGCUCCUUCUAGAACUGCAAGUAAACAAAGUGGAAGUAUUUUUGGUCCUCCACCUCAACAAUUUAAAUGAAUUUGAGCAAAUAUUAAAUUAUAAAUUCAUAUAUAUAUAUGUAUAUAUAUGAUAUAUAUCAUAUAUACAAUAUUAUUAUAUAUGAUAUAUAUAUAUAUAUAUAUUUUGUUAUUUAAUUAUUAUUUAAAUUUUUAUACUAUAAAUCUUGAUAAAAUAUUUAAAUAUUUAUGAAUAAUUAAUAUUAAAGUUAUAAUUAAUAUUGAUUAAAAUUACAUAUAUUACAAUAUAAAUUUACUAUAUUACUAUAUUACACUUGCUCUAUUUAAUUAAACGUAAUAAAUUAAGUAUUCAAUACUGUGAUGUUUCUUUUUUAAUUAAACUUUAUAUAAUACAUUAUAUUAAUGUAGAUUAUAAAAUUAUUAAUAACUUAUUAUUUAAACAUUAAUUGUUAACGUUUUUGAAAAAAUUAUAUACUAUUAAUAAAAUGGAUAACUAUAAACAUAAAAACAAUGACUUUAUAUAAAAUUGAAAAGAUAAAUAGUAAUAUUUAAAAAUACGAGGAGAAAAUAAAAUAUAUAAAGAAGUCAUAAAGGAAGCAUUGAUAUAAUGCAGCAUAUUUUAGAAAAUAGGUGUGAUUCAUAUAUUCCAUCAAGCAGUUCUUAUACAACAAUCAAUGUUAUAUACAAACAUAACGAUCAAUCAUAUACAAAAGAUAACCACUACCCUUAAUUCGUAAAAAAUAUUUAAUACAAUAAUAUAUCAGUGAUCUAUUUCAUAGAGCACAUAUUCAAACUUGUAUGUGAAAAUAUACUCUAUAAAUAUUAGAUCUUUUUGCAUUUAACUAGUUCAAAUCAUAUACAUUUUUACUAAAAAUUCUUGCUUUCUUUUAUAUUAUUACAUAUUAUUUAAGCCUAAAACAGUCUCUUGUUAUUAGAGCUAGCGACGUUUUAUACAAAUGAUACAAUUAUAAUAUUUACAAUCAAUCUACAUACACGAUUAAAUAUAUUUUAAUUUAAUAAAAAGUUACUUAAAUCAUUAUUUGAACUUUUGGUGUUAUGAUGUUCCGUUGUAUAUUACGCUUAAUUCAUUUUAACAGCAUUUUAAUUACAUAUAUUCAUUAGUAUGUAGAAAGCGAUAAAACACCCAACUGGCAAUCGGAAAGACAAAUGCUUAUUAAAUUGGAAUUUGCACUUCCUGCUUACUAGUGUCAUAUCUUUUGAAAUCACUCUAUUCGUCAUGCCAAUAAGAUUAAAACUUGCAACGAUUCUAUUUUUUUGAUUACAUCAACCAUACUUUCGGCAGUGGUUA